AAUCCUUGUUUGUGGUUAUUUGCAACUGUUUCCUGACUUGAGUCGGCAGGCAGAAUGAAUGUUUUAUUCAGCUUUUAAUGUUAGUGUUUGCACAGACCCGCUUACACAGUGUCUGCAGGCGUAUCCCUGGCUUUUCUUUCACCUUUGGUGAUAGCAUUCCACUUUCUCUUUCUACAUUUCUUCCCCAGGAAUCUUUACACAGGGAUCAGUGCGAUGAAGGUUAUUUUUGUAUUCCUCGUUUAUUUAGGAUCUGUCUCUGCAUAUCAAGUGGAUAAUGGGGAUACGUUCUACAUUCGGACGUUACACAAUAAAAAGCUGAAGCUGAUUCUAAGUCAAGGUACUUUUUCUUGGGCUAAUUGUGGGGGUGAGAAGGAACCUGCUGUCCUCAAGAGUCUUUCAAUCCAACCAGAUCCAAUCUCUAUUCCCGGUGACCUACAGGCCAGUGCUGCAGGUUUCACUGCUGUUAAUCUUACAGCGCCUUUAACGGUUAACGUAACACUGCAUAAGGAAGUUGCUGGAGUUUGGGUGAAAAUUCCAUGUAUUGAAGAAAUUGGAAGUUGUGUUUAUGACGAUGUCUGCCAACUACUGAACGAGGUGAUCCCACCUGGACAAGACUGCCCGGAGCCACUAUAUACAUAUGGACUCCCAUGUCACUGUCCUUUCAAAGCGGGCAAGUACUCUAUGCCAAACACUUACUUCGACCUCCCUCCUGUAGAGCUGCCAUCUUGGAUGACCAGCGGAAAUUACAAAGCUAUGGGAGUCCUUACCAGAAACGAGCAGGAGCUGGCUUGUCUCAAAGGCACCUUCUCUCUCAAGUCACAGUGAACAAAUCCAACUAUUAACCUACUAUUUCCAGAAGCUGAAUUUCUUGGAGGCAGAAUAAGAAAUUGCUUUUUAUCUGUAAGCUGUCAUCAAUGUCACGUGCUCAGUAUUUCUUCUCUUUAAUAUCAACAGUUCUUUUGAAGCAGUAAACAACUUGUUUCAGUUCUAAAUUGAAUCAGGAACUGACAUUCUGGCCUCAUGAACCAGAACUAUGGUACUUGCUUCUGCUUUUUAAAGUGUAUGCAUCACUUGACAAUCAGCUACAAAAGACAAAGUUCCGUAUUGUUAUAGAGAGUUCUCUUUACCCAAGCAAUAAACAGAAAGCCGAGUAAGACCAUAAGGAACAGGAGUAGGCAAUUUGGCUCCUCUCCCCUGUUCUCCUAUUCAGUAGGAUCGUGGCUGAUCCAACAUUCCUCAUAUACACUUUCCCACAUUAUCCCUAUAACACUUGAUUCCCCUACUGAUUAACAAUCUAGCUUGUAGGAUCAUACAGACAAUGAAAGAGACCAUUUGGCCCACCAUUCCUGUGUUGGUUUUUGAAAGAGUUUUCCAAACACCCUAUCUUUUUCCUAUAUUUCUUUCCCUUAUAUUUCACUCAAUUCCUCUUUUGAAAGUUACUUCUGAAUCUGUUUCCACCACCUUUCACAGGCAGUGCAUUCCCGAUCAUAAUUCGCAAGUUAAAAAAAAACCCUCUGAUUCUUUUCCCUAUUAUCUAAAGUCUGUUUACCAAGUCUCCUUCCCACAGGAACAGUGUUCCUUAUCACAGGAUGGUUACAGCACAGGAAGCAGCCAUUUGGCCCAUUGUGUUCAUGCUGGCUCUCUGCAACUCAAUUAGUGCCACUCCCCACCCUUACCUGACACACUGCAAAAUAUUUGCUCCUCAUAUAAUUAUCUAAAUCGCGAUUGUAAGCUCUAUCACACACAGUCAGUGCAUUCCAGACCCUAGACAAUCACUUAUGACAGCACACAGGAUAUACUUAUCAAACUGCGUGAUGCAGGUUAUUUUUGGUGUACUAAAGACUGGGUGGACACUCAAAUAAUUAAACAUGACUGAAUGUGCAGGGUUAUUCAUGUGAUUGAGGCUAACAUGCAUUUUUUCUCUAUGAUUCGUGUUAAAUUAAACACUAGCAGAAUUCCAGGAGAAUACAGAUUCAGCUUAUAAAGGGGCAUUCAUUUGUCUGUGCCUGGCAGGCCUCUGUUCUGGGGAAAAGCAGAAAUAUUCAAAGACUCAUACAGCAUGGAAACAACCAAACCAGUCCAUAAUCCCAAACUAAACUAAUCCCAUCUGUCUGCGCUUGGCUCAUAUCCCUCCAAAUAUUUCUUAUUCAUGUACUUAUCUAAAUGUCUUUUAAAUGUUGUAACUGUACCCACAUCCACCACUUCCUCUGGAAGUUCAUUCCACUCACGAUCCACUCAGUUUAAAACAAAAAUGCCCCUUAUGUCUUUUUUAAAACUUUUCUCCUCUCACCUUAAAAAUAUACCCUGUGGUCUUUAAAUCCCCACCCUACGUAAAAGAAACUUGUCAUUUGCCUUAUCUAGACCCCUCAUUAUUACAUAAACCUCUGUAAGGUCACCUCUCAACCUCCUAUGCUCCGACUCUAUCCAGCCCUUCCUUAUAACUCAAACCCUCCAUACCCAGCAAUAUCCUGGUAAUUCUCUUCUGAACCUUCCCCAGCUUGAAAUAUCCUUCCUAUAACAGGGAGACCAGAACUGGACUCAGUGCAGGGGUUCUGCUAUAACGUGACAGUUGUGUUCCAGUGCAACACCGCAUUAUAGAAAAUUGCGCUAUAUAAAUAAUGGGGCCUCUGGGAAAAACAGGGUUAGGGGCACAAAGCACACAUAACAAUUAUAUUUUCCAAAAUUCUUCCUCACCUGUGUAGUUUCAUUCUUGUAGCUGCAGUUAUAAUGACAGUUUAUCAGACAGGUGAUGCUGCAAACAGGCAAUACAUUUACGAAUCUGACCUUGUAUUUGCAAUGAAGUGACAGCUGGGCUUUAAAUAGAGUUUUGCCACUGGAAAUCCCAGCAACGAUCAGUACUUCAUGAUAGAGUAAGCAUGAUCCAAAAGAAGUAAGCAGUGCAAAAUUGUGAGAGAUAGAGCUCCCAGCCAGCAACCCUCCAUGAAAUCCCCUGAAAUUGACAUGUCAGCAAUUUCAGAUAUAAUCUUUAACACCUGCCUGAAAUAAGUGGAAAGUUAUUGGAGUGCUAUGAUCCAAAAAAGGUGAACAGUGCAAAAUUGUGAGAGAUAAGAGCUCACUACCAGCAACCCUCCAUGAAACUCCACUGAAAUUGACAUGUGGACAAUUUUUAGUAAAAUUCCCUCCCCCACUUAAAUGCUGAUCUGACCUGACAUUCCAUCAGCACAGACUUCUGGAUAGAUUUUCAGAUAAGUGAAGCAGAGGAAUCUGACCUUUCUUUCUGAUGUAGCCCAUUGGCAUUGAAGUUAAUUGUAGGAUUAAAAUGCUUAAUAAACCUGAGUAACAUUGUAUUCAAAAUAGUGCUGGAAAAGAGUGGGUUGUUGCACAGACACGUUUUGGUACUGUAUAAAUGAUUUACAUGAGCAAGUUCAAAAAUUCUUACAUAUUAAAUACGUAACAAAAUCUAGGCAAAGAUACUAUACACAAAGAUGCAUGUUUUAACAGCACUCAUUAUUUUAAACUGUACUUUUUUAUUUAUAUCAUCAAUUUACUAUUGGAGUCCAUUCUUCUCUUUAAAUGAGCCGCGUUUUUAAACAAUGCUGAUGCAUUUAAUAUGUUCAGCCCAAACUCUUCAAACUAAGACUUUACAUAUUUUCCUAAUAAGUUCUUUGUGUAAUAGAAUAUUUGAGGUUUAUGACAUAUAAUCCAUACUCGAUGUAAUUGUGUUAUAGCCAACACAAGUUCGUUUUUUAGAAAUACUGUUCCCCUAUUCAUCAAUCACGUUACAGCCAAUUUGCGUUGCCAGGACACACUUUAUAGGAGAACCUGCUGUACUCCAUUUUCUUUCCAGUCACAUGGUACUUAAGUACAUAAUAAUGGAUAUCAAAAUGCACCACGUUGCAUUUAGUUUACAAGGAAAUGGAAACAGGAUCCUUUGCUAAAUUGUUUUCCUCAUUAACUUCUCGAGUGGGCAUUAGAAUCUGGAUUUGAAGCAAUGUUUUUGUUUGCAAAAUUUAAUGUCAAAUUUGUAUGAAAUUACCAAAUAAACAUGCUUUGUUUUCAAAAAAUAAAA